UUGAGGGACUAAGCUGUGCCCCGCUUCUCUGCACCUGUAGAUUAGAAGUGUGAAACGACCUCCAUUUCACUGGAUUAACCUACUCGAGGGUGAAGUGUAUCCGAGUCGAUGAGCGGAGUGCCAUAUUGGGCGUGAAUACCGGUGUGUUAUAGUGUGAGAAAGCCUGGGAAUACUGAGCCUUGGGGAAGGAGAAGGAGGUGGUCGUCUCAACCUACUUGACGAGGGCCCAUGCGGGUCACCCCACGUCUCUCAGAGUUAGAAAGGAUGGUGAGGUAGGGGGAGCGAGAUGACGGCCCUCACCACGCGCGAGGACGCCCUCCGCCAGUUUGAGACUGGUCGCAUCCAGCACUUGCGGGAGGAACGUCUCGGUAUACAGAAGAAAACCUUCACAAAAUGGAUGAACUCCUUCCUCAUCAAGGCGCGGCUGGAGGUGAUGGACCUCUUCACCGACCUGGCCGACGGCAAGAUGCUGCUGAAGCUGCUGGAGAUCAUCUCGGGGGAGAAGCUGGGCAAACCCAACAACGGCAGGAUGCGCGUCCACAAGAUUGAGAAUGUCAACAAGUCUCUGGCAUUCCUCCACACCAAGGUGCGGCUGGAGAGUAUUGGCGCAGAGGACAUCGUGGACGGCAACCCGCGGCUCAUCCUCGGCCUCAUCUGGACAAUCAUCCUCCGCUUCCAGAUCCAGGAGAUCGAGAUAGACGUGGAUGAAGAAAAUGAGAGCAGCGAGAAGAAAUCGGCGAAAGACGCGCUGUUGUUGUGGUGUCAGAGGAAGACAGCGGGCUACCGGGGGGUCAGCAUCGAGGACUUCUCACGAUCCUGGAGGGAUGGCUUGGGUUUCAAUGCCCUUAUUCAUGCCCAUCGGCCAGAUAUCAUAGACUACAAUUCCCUGAUCCCAAAGAAUCACAUUGAUAAUCUCAACAAUGCCUUUGAUGUGGCUCACAACGAGUUGGGAAUUGCCAAGAUUCUCGACGCUGAAGAUGUGGAUACAAGCAAACCUGACGAGAAGUCUAUCAUCACGUACGUGGCCUCGUACUACCACACCUUUGCUCGUAUGAAGAAUGAGUUAAAAGGAUCAAAGAGAAUUGCCAAUAUUAUGAAUCAAAUGAAAGAUGUGGAUGACUGCAAGUCUAAGUAUGAGAAGAUCACCACCACCCUGCUGGAGUGGAUCAUCAUGAAGAUUGUUGAGCUUGAUAGUCGAAAGUUUCCCAACUCCCUCGAUGGCAUCCAAAAGUUGCUCAUCCACUUCAAAAAAUACAGAACCGAAGAGAAGCCACCCAAGUACAAAGAAAGAAGUGAAAUAGAAGCACUUUUUUUCUCCAUUAAUGCAAGCCUUAAAGCUUUGAACCAGCCUGCAUACAUCCCCAAAGAUGGACAGUUAGUUCACGACAUUGAGCGAGAGUGGAACAAUCUAGAGAAGGCCGAGCAUCGACGGGAGGUAGCCCUCAGAGAUGAACUACUAAGGCAAGAAAGGCUUGAGCAACUUGCUUAUAAAUUUGACAAAAAGAGUGUUCUUCGAAAAGGUUACUUGGAGGAAAUGAUCCAAGUGUUGAGUGAUCCACGGUACGGAAGUAACUUGGCUCAAGUCGAGGCUACUGUCAAAAAGCACGAGGCCAUCAGUGCUGAUAUUCUUGCAAGGCAAGAAAGAUUUGAAGAUUUAACUAAAAUGGCUGAUGAGUUGGAUGUAGAAAAUUACCAUGGUAAGGUAGCUAUUCGUAAGAAGGAGAAAGAUAUCUUGAGAAAAUGGAGUGAACUCUUGGAUCUUCUCAAUAAACACAAGAUUCACCUACAAAACUGCUGUAUUCUUGUUGGUAUCAUGAGAGAGGUAGACACCAUCACUGCAUCAAUCAAGGAACUUGAAGUGAACUUCUGUUCCGGUGAUGUUGGUAGACACUUGCUUGCAGUGGAGGAUUUGCUGCAAAAACAUUCGUUAAUGGAGUCUCAAGUGCACUCCAUGGGCGAGACAAUUAAGCGUCUAAACAAGCAGGGUGAAGCGUGCAUGACGUCGGUACACAAGGAUGCACCAUUGCUUCAGAAAAGAUUGCAAGAGCUCAAUCAAGGGCAACAGGUUCUUUUGAAGAAGGCUGCAGAAAGGCGCUUGAAAUUGGAGGAAGCAAGAGAUCUGUUCCAGUUUGAAGUAGAUAUGGAAGAGGAGGAGGCUUGGGUUAUUGAGAAACAGAGAAUAUGUCAGGCAGGAGUAACUGCAAAAGAUAUACGAGCAGUUAUCUCCCUCCAGCAGAAACACAAGCAAGAUGCUCCCCUUAAGGCUUUAGAAGAUGAAAUGCGUGCCCGUCGUCCUAAGGCAGAGAAAGUCAUGAGAUCAGGAGAAGCACUGUUCAAGGCUGGUCAUCCUGACGCUAAGGCCAUUAGUGAACGUAUUGCCGCUCUGAAAGAGAAGUGGCGGCGUCUAGACCAGUACGCAAGUGAUCGGCGGAAACAACUGGAAGACGCAGCUGAAGCAUGCUUGUUUAAUGCUGAUGCCAAUGAGGCCGAAUCAUGGAUCAAGGAAAAGCUGCCAUUGUGCCAGUCAAAGGACUACGGUGAGGACGAGCCCAGUGGUCUGGCUCUGCUGCAGCUACACACUCGACUGGAGGGAGAAAUUAAGGCCUACGAGGGAGAUAUCAAGGCAGUAAAUAACCAAGGGCAGAAGCUCAUGAAGUCAGGAAUAUCUGUUUUAAAUCUAACGUCACAGCAGCAGAACAUAGGAGACGAGGAGGAGUAUGAGUGGGUAGAUGAAGUGAAGAUGGUUCCUCAGGAAGUUAUGGUCGAGGAAAUUGUGGAGAAAAUUGAAGAGAUAAGUGUUACAGAACAGCGAGAGUUGCCUACUGUCAUUGCUAGGUACUCCUUCCAAGGUCAAGGAAUGCACAUGGGCAAAGGAGAGACGAUGUUCCUGAUCAACAAAACCAACCAAGAUUGGUGGAAUGUACGUAAAAGUACUGGUGAAGAAGGUUUUGUUCCUGCCAAUUAUGUCAGGGACAGUGAACCAAAGAAAAUUAAUGUUCGGGUUAAAAAGGAAGUUAAAGUUCCCGAGAAGAGAAUGGUACCGAAGACCAGAAUGGUAAAGAAAACUGAAAGAGUGAAGAAGAGGAAGCCUAAGGCACCUCCUCGAAAUAAACGAGGCUUCGAUGAACCAGAGACGGUUGAAAAACGUUUGCAGUUAAUUAAUUCAUCUUAUGGGGAUUUGUGUGAACUAGCCCAAAAGAGACACUUGUAUCUGGAAGAAUCUAUAAAACUUUUCUCCUUCUUGAGAGAGUGUCAAGGUUUUGAGACAUGGAUGAGGGAAAAAGAAAAGCUCCUUAAGAAGGAUGAGAAGGGUGAUGAUGUAGAGACAGCUAAGCAGAAGUUUGAGCAGUUCCUCACAGAUUUGUCAGCUGCAAGCAGAAGGAUUGAAAUAAUUGAUAAAAUGGUCAAAGACUUUGAAGCCACGGGACACAGUCAGUUAGAAAAGAUCAAGGUGCGGCAAAAGCAAAUCCAUGACCAGUGGGCUCACCUCAAUCGUCUGAAGCAGCAAAAAGAACGUAGUCUUGAGGGAGCAUCCAGUGUAGAGCUGUUCCAUCGCACCUGUGAUGAAACCAGGGACUGGAUGGUGGAGAAGAUGGAGAAGCUGGACACUGAUGAACUGGGUCGAGAUUUGAAAACGGUGCAGUCUCUCCAGCGUAAGCAUGAUCAGCUAGAGAGAGAAUUGGCACCAGUGGAAGAAAAGGUACGACGAGUGAACCUUCUUGCCGAUUCGGUGAAGGCUUCGUAUCCACGAGAAAGACAUGCCGUAGAGGCGCGGCAAGAGGAGGUACAACAAUACUGGGGGCAGCUGAAAGGCAAAGCUGUAGAGAGGAGAAACCGCCUUGAGGAAGCUGUUGGUCAGCAGAUCUUCCUCAACUCGGCCAAAAGUCUUAUUAAUUGGGUUGGUGACGUUAAAAAUGCCCUGAAUUCUGACGAACCUGCACGAGAUGUUACAACUGCGGAGCAUCUUCUCAAAAGUCACCAAGAUCUUGGAGAUGACAUAAGAGCUCACCAAGAUGAAUUCACGGAGCUCAGCCAGCUUGGAGAGAAACUUGUCAAGAGGAAUCCUGACUUCAGUGAAGUGCAAGAAAAGAUGGCAUUACUAGGGGAGGAGCAGCGUGCUAUACAUCGUGGCUGGCAGGAGAAAGGAGACUGGCUGAGGCAGUGUAUGGACCUUCAGCUCUUCAAUAGAGAAGCAGAUCAAAUUGAUGCUGCUACAAGUUCCCAUGAAACCUUCCUCGACUAUAAAGACCUCGGGGGCACCUUGGAUGAUGUUGAAGCACUGAUGAAACGUCAUGACGACUUUGAGAAUACCCUCAUGGCACAGGAUGAACGGCUGCGAACAUUUAGCGAGAUGGCAGAUAAGCUAAUUGCAGCUGAACACUAUGAUGCUACAUAUAUAAAUGAACGCAGGGAUCAGGUGCGUGACAGACGAGCUGCUGUAAAGGAGCGAGCUCAGGCUAGACGUGAACAACUGAAUGGUUCCAUCGCCUAUCAGCAGUUCAAGGCAGAUGCAGAUGAUUUUGAGAAGUGGAUGGCUGAUAAAAAGAAGCUGGCAGAUGAUGAAUCCUACAGAGACCUCAAUAAUUUGGAGAGGAAAAUGCAGAAGCACGAAGCAUUUGAAAGGGAACUUCAUGCUAAUGAAGGUCAGCUGCGACGUCUCAACAAGACUGGCCAAGAUCUGAUAGGCAUGAAGCACUAUCAGUCUGAUGACAUCAAAAACACUUUAGAUGACCUAAAUAAAAAAUGGAGAGAUCUCUGCUCCAAGACAGAGGAGAAAGGAAUGAAGCUUCAUCAAGCCAGUAAUCAGCAUGGCUACAAUAAGAACUUGGAGGAAACUGAGAAAAGUUUGGAUGCUCUGGAAACUGCACUUAAAAAUAAGGAUGUUGGGUCAGAUCUGCGGUCAUGCAAGGACCUCAUGAAUAAACAGCAGAAUUUAGAAAAUGACAUGCACACCAUGGAGAGGAAGAUUAGUGAUACGUGUGCUGUUGGCGACCAGAUGGUGCAGGACGGCCACUUUGAUGCUGCCAACAUACAAGCAUCGUGUAUAUCUGCUAAGAAUAGGUUUAACAAGUUGAAGGAGCCAGCAGCCAGGCGUCGUGCAGACCUUGAAGAAUCGCUUAGAUGGCACGAGUUCAACUUUGAGCUUGAUGCUGAGAUGCAGUGGAUCAAGGAACACAUGCCACUAGCCACAUCAAAAGUACUUGGGCAAAAUCUGCACGAGGCACAAAAUCUAAACAAGAAGCACAUCAAAUUAAAAGCUGAAAUCCAGGGACAUCAGCCACAGAUCACCAAGACGCUGGUGAAAGGCGAUAAUCUAAUUAAAGAUCGGCAUCCAGAAAAGGCAUUGAUUGAGAGUAGAUGUGCAGAGCUGCAAGAAGCAUGGGAUGACCUGAUAGCAGAAGCUGACGAGCGCAGUCGAAAAUUGGAACUAAAUCUCAAAGCUCAGCAAUAUUUCUUUGAGGUUACAGAGAUUGAAACAUGGAUGAGUGAAAAGAGGAACAUCUUGCAGACCAAAGAUUACGGCAAGGAUGAAGACGUGGCCCGAAAACUCCUAACAAAGCACAAGGCUUUGGAGUUGGAAAUUGACACCUAUGGUGGUAUUGUGAAGGAGAUGGGAACGAUGGCAGACUCGAUGAUCAAAUCCAGCCACCCAGAAUCUAAAUUGAUUAAGGACAGACAACAGGUGCUAAACCAGGAACUGAAAGAUCUUCAAAAAUUAUCUGCCCAUCUUCGGCAAAAGCUAAUGGAGUCUAUGUACCGCCAUGAAUACUUCAGGGAGGCUGAGGACUUGGAGAAGUGGAUAAAUGAACAAAUGCAAACAGCAACCUCGGAGGACUUUGGCCAAGACUACGAGCAUUUGUUGCUGCUUCAGGCUAAGUUUGACGAUUUUAAGCAUCGUGUUGAGGCAGGGUCAGAACGCUUUAAUCAAUGUGAUGAACUGGCCAAGAAGCUUAUUGCCAAUGAAAGCCCCUAUGCCUCUGAAAUUGAAAGAAAACAGGAACAAUUAAGCAGUAAGGGAAGUCCGUCUUCUUCUCCCACUAAAAGCCAAGAUCCAGCCAGCCAAGUGACUGCCUACCACAAACAAGUGCGGGCUGCAUGGAAUAGUCUUCUAGAACAUAUUGAAGCCAGAGACCAAAAGUUGGAAGCUGCUGGAGAAAUUCAUCGCUUUAAUCGUGACGUUGCCGAGGCAUUGGCUCGAAUUCAAGAAAAGUACAAGUCGAUAUCAGAUGAUCUUGGCCGUGAUGUCAACUCUGUACAGUCAUUAUUGAGGAAGCAUGAAGGCUUUGAAAAUGAUCUGGUGGCCUUGGAAGCACAGUUACAGGUUCUGGUUGACGACUCUGCGAGACUCCAGGCAACUUACCCCGGCAGCAACGCCGAGCACAUAGCGGAGCAACAAACACUUGUGGUUGAUAACUGGAACAUGCUCCAGGAGAGAGCUUCAAGAAGGAAGGAUCAACUUCAUGCUGCAGCGGAUCUUCAGAGGUUCUUGGCUGAUUCUCGGGACCUACUCAGCUGGUCAAGCGACUUAAGAACAACCAUGAAGGCCGAGGAGAAAGUCCGAGAUGCUGCAAGCGCUCAGGGUUUGAAGACCGAACACGAACGCAUCAAGGCUGAAAUAGAGGCUCGAGAGGAUGAGUUCAGCAAAGUGGUUGAAGCUGGUGGUAAUAUGGUAGAGGACCGGCACUAUGCAUGUGUUGAAGUUGAGGAGAGGGUGAAUAAGGUUCUCGAUGAGCGAAACAAACUUCAUGCAGCCUGGCAACAUAAGAAGGUAUAUCUUGAUCAGUUGAUUGACCUGCAAUUCUUCUUGAGAGAUGCCAAACAGCUUGACACAAUAAGCAGUACACAGGAAGCUGCGCUCUCAUCUGCGGAUUUUGGAACAACUAUUGAACAAGUUGAUGCUCAGGUAAAGAAGCAUGAUGCCUUUGAGAAACUGGUAUAUGCUCAAGAUGAGAAGUUAGAAACUUUGAAAAACCACGGAUCAAAGCUUGUUGAACAGAACCACUUUGACUCUCCUCACAUAAAGAAGCGUAUCGAUGAGGUCGUGAUGAGACGGGCCAGGGUCAAGGAAAGUACCAAGGCUCGAAAACAUCAGUUAAAAGAUGCUCAUCUCUACGCACAGUUUAUUAGAGAUGUCAGUGAUGCAAACAUGUGGAUUGAUGAGAAGGCCAGCCACCUGGAAGCAGAGCGUCUGAAAGGAGAGGUGACGAGCUUUGAAGACAAAGUGAGGAAACUUCAGAAGCAUCAGGCAUUCAUGGCUGAACUUCAGGCUCAUGAGUGCAGCAUAAAGGAGAUAACAGAGAAAGGCUCGAUGUUGGUAAAUCAACGGCAUAAGUCAUCUGCACAGGUGAAAGAGGAAGUGGACCAUUUGGUUGAACGGUGGACACAGCUCGUAUUAGAUGCUGAGAAUCACUCUCGGGGUCUAGAGGAAGCUCAAGAUAUCCUGGAAUUCAAUACUCAAGUUGAGAAGGUGGAUGCAUGGAUUAGAGACAAGGAAAUGAUGGUGCAAGUAGGAGAUCUUGGAAAGGACUACGAACACUGUAUGGCUCUUCACCGUAAGCUGGAUGAUGUGGAUUCUGACAUGCGUGUUGAUGAUGCACGCUUCACAAAUAUCAACAAAUUGGCAGAUAAAAUAAUCAAGCAGGGUUGUGGUGACAAUAAGGCUGUUCAACAAAGAAAGAGUGAAUUAAAUCACAAGUGGCGUGCACUUAAGGGAGCUAUUGAUAGGUACCGUUCUGACUUGGCAGGAGCCUUGGAAAUACAUGCUUUUAACAGGGAUGUGGAUGACACUAAGGACCGCAUUAGUGAAAAAGCUGUAAUCUUAGCAAAUGAAGAUACAGGUAAAGACCUCACCCAGGUUGAAACCUUGCAAAGAAAGCAAGAAACAAUAAUUCGUGACAUGACGGCAAUUGAAAAGAAGAUAAAACAGCAUGAAAAAGAUGCUUAUAACCUUGCAAAUAAGUACCCAGAUAAGAAGGAUCCCAUCCAUGAGAAACAAGCCGAGGUGUUGGAGGCUUGGACGAGACUUUGUGAAGGGUCGCACGGAAGGAAGGAGAAGUUGAUUUUGUCCUAUACAUUACACAAAUUCCACACAGACUUGAGGGAACUAGAGAGAUGGGGUGAAGAUAUUGUGAGCCGCAUGAAUGCAACACCAUUACCAAGCAACACUGCUGAAGCCGAGAUGUUGCUCCAGAGUCACCAGGAGAGAAAGGCAGAAAUUGAUGGUCGCAAAGACGUUUUCAAGGCCUUGCAACGUUUUGGGAAGAAGCUCAUUGCUGAUAACCAUUUUGCAAAGGAAACUAUUCAACAAGACCUUGAAACAUUAUCAGAAGUAGAGAACAAGGUUAUUGUCUAUUGGAGUGACCGGCAAAAAGUUUUAUCCCAAGCUCAUCAGCUUCAAGUGUUCCUAGAGAUGACUGAGCAAGCCAACUCCUGGCUUGCCAGUAAGGAAGCCUUCCUCAAUAAUGAUGAUCUUGGGGAUUCAAUGGGAUCUGUAGAAGUUUUAAUAAAAAAACAUGAGAGUUUUGAAAAAACAUUUGAAGCUCAGGGUAACAAGAUAGAACAGCUGGAGGUGUUUGCCAAGGAUCUUCUCGACAACGACCACUACGACAGUGAUGGAAUUCGUCGUCGCUUGAGAGUGGUUACAGACAAGCGAGACAACCUGAAGACAAAGUCAAAAGUGCGAACACACAAGCUUGAAGAGUCAAAAUCCUUACAGCAAUUCCUCAGAAAUAUUUAUGAGGUUGAAGGGUGGAUUUCCGAGAAGUUGCAAGUCGCUUGCGAUGAAAGCUACAGAGAUCCUACCAAUCUUCAGUCAAAGAUUCAGAAACAUGGAGCAUUUGAAGCGGAGGUGCUGGCCAACUCUGGGAGAGUUACAGCUGUUACCCAUGAAGGUGAGGGACUCAUCUCUGGUGGUCAUUAUGCCGAGCAAGAGAUCCAGGCUCGCUUGGAUGGUCUAGAGUCUUUAUGGAAACAGUUGCAAGAUUCAUCUCAGCUGAAGAAGGAUAGACUAAAUGAAGCAUACCAAGCAUUGCUUUUUAACCGAACUUUGGAUGACCUUGAAUCUUGGAUUGACGAUGUCGAGACCCAACUUCAGUCCGAGGAUCACGGCCGUGACUUGACAUCUGUCCAGAGUCUUUUAAAGAAGCACCAGCAACUUGAGGCAGAUGUUGCUGCUCAUCAGAGUGAAGUGGAUCAAGCCAGAGAGGUGGCUCAGUCGUUUGCAUCAGCUAAUCAUUUUAUGAGUGAAGAAAUAAGAGAGCGAGUAGAAGCUGUUACUAAGAGGUACAAUUCUUUACACGAGCCAAUCCACAUCCGACACGAGAAUUUGGAGGAUGCCAUGUUACUGCAGCAGCUGUUAAGGGAUAUUGAAGAUGAGCUGCUGUGGGUGGCAGAGAAGGAACCCUUGGCAGCUAGUCAAGACCUCGGGUCUUCACUUACAGCUGUACAGAACCUCCAGAAAAAACACCAAGCAUUGGAAGCAGAAAUUCAAUCCCAUGAACCAGUCAUUAAUAGUGUAAAUAGCCGAUCGCAGCAGAUGAUAAGAUCUGGUCACUUUGCAUCUACUGAGAUUGAAACAAAAAUCACACAACUGCUUUCAAGCUUAACACAACUGAAGGACACGGCAAGUGUGAGGCGGCUCAGACUCCUUGAUGCUGUAGAGUCACAAUUGUUUUAUACAGAGGCCAGUGAAGCCGAAGUGUGGAUGAGAGAGAAAAAGCCACAGCUUCUGUCUCAAGACUUUGGAAAAGAUGAGACCUCUGCUGGAGCAUUGACCAAAAAGCUUGAUAAUGUUGCACGUGAUUUGGAGAGUUUUAAAUCCACUUUAGAGAAGCUCUCGGGAUUGUGCUCCAAGCUUACAGAAAGGAGACAUUUUGAUAGUGAAAAUAUUUCCAAGAAAAUGGAUGAUGUGACAGAAGAGUAUGCCGAACUGAAAAUUUUGAGGGAGAAGCGAGCCAAAAGGUUAGAAGAGAGCCACACAUUAUUUGCAUUCAUUCGGGAAAGCGAUGAAGUGGGCGAAUGGCUAAAUGAUCAGAUGGCUAUAGCAGCGAGUGAGGAUUACGGGAGGGAUGUGGAGCAUGUUGAAAUCCUGAUCCAGAAGUUUGAGUCCUUCCUUAGUGCUCUGGCUGUGAAUGAAGAAAAACUAGUCAGUAUAAAAGGGAAGGCAAAAACCCUUUUUGAGGGUGGACAUCCUGAGCCAGAGAGAAUUAAGGAAAAGACUGAUGAACUGCAGCAGUUAUGGGAGGACUUGAAAGAGCUGGCCAAUGCAAGACAAGAAGCUCUCGCUGGAGCUAAGCAGGUUCAUGUGUUUGACAGAAAUGCAGAUGAGACAAUCAGCUGGAUUGCAGAAAAAGAUGCAUUUAUAUCAUCAGAAGAUUAUGGUCAUGAUUUAGAAACUAUUCAAGGCUUAGCAAGGAAGCAUCAAGGAUUUGAGAGAGACUUGGCAGCAGUAAAGGAACAGGUGGAGUCGGUGGUUGAGGAAGCCAAGCGUCUGGCUGAGUUGUUCCCAGAUGCCAGAGAACAUAUUUCUGUCAAACAUGAAGAAACUGUUGAAGCAUGGAAUGAUUUGUUAGACAAGUCUGCACAAAGGAAAGACAAGCUGUAUCAAGCUGAGAAACUACAGUCAUACUUUGACGAUUACAGGGAAUUGAUGGUUUGGUUGAGCGAAAUUUUAGCGAAGAUUACAGCACCCGAGUUGCCAAGAGAUGUCCCUGGCUCGGAAGCUGUGAUCUCAAGACACAAGGAACACAAGACAGAAAUUGAUGCCCGGGCAGAUGCCUUUGACAAGUUUAGUGCAGCUGGUAAUGCUCUCAUUGAUCAAGGUCACUUCAUGGCAGAGGAAAUAGCCGAGAAGAUUGCCACGCUGGAGGCUCGUAGGAAGUUACUUGUUGAAUCCUGGCAAGCAAGAACUACUAUAUAUGAACACAACUAUGACUUGAGGGUGUUCUUGCGGGACACUCAUGUAUUUGAAGCGUGGAUAGAAUCGCGUGAAACUAUAGUCAAGGAUGACCAGAUGGGCGAUUCUAUACCGGAGGUGGAAGAACUAAUCCGUCGCCAUGAUGAUUUUCUCAAAACCAUUGAUGCCCAGGAGGAUAAGCUGGAUCCUAUUAAGAGAUAUACUUUGAUUGAAGCAGAAUUCCAAGCUCAGAAGAGACGGGAAGAGAACGCCAGGAAAGCCGAACUGGCUCGAAGGGAACAAGAACGCAUGGAGAACAUGAAACGAAAAGAGGUUCAGCGAAUCACAGAUGAACGACGGCGUGAAGAUGAAAGACGGCGAACGCAGGAAAUAAAGUUUACUAAAGAAGACAUGGAACGAGUUCGUCUGACAAUGAAUGGAGACUAUGCAAAGGCACCUUCCACUGCACGGGAGCCAGAGUCUCAGUCUAGUUCCAGCUCUGAGGCAGCUGAGACAUCGAGCACUCCUGAGGUUCAUCCAAGGUACCGGAAGCGUUCAAGCUCUCUGGGAGAGGUUCUCAUAAGGAAAACUCUGGAGGUACCUGAUGGAGAUGGUCUUUAUAGAUCUGGGUCCCAGACAAGUCUGACCAGUCUAAAGAGAGGUAACAGCUUGCGCCAGGAACUGUUCAGAUCAAAUCCUCCUUUUAACAGAGGUGCUGAUCUCAAGAGAGCCGAGAGUAUGAAAGUCGACUUGAAGAAAGCCAAACGAACUCCAAGCUUCACCACCCGACGGAGAACACAAAGUUUCCGCAAACACAAGCGUAUGGAAAAUAUGGCCAAUUUGCCACCAGUCGAAAUACAAGGUUAUCUUGAGCGUAAGCAGGAACUACAGAGUGGCGGUAAAAAGGCAACAAUCAGAUCGUGGAAAAUCUUUUACACAGUACUGUGUGGUCAGUUGUUGUGCUUCUUCAAGGACGAUGAUGAUUUCUAUGACCAGAAGGCUGCCUCUCCCCCAAUUUCCAUUCAUCAAGCGAAGAUUGAGAUAGCUGAUGACUAUACCAAAAAGAAACAUGUUUUCAGAGUGAUCACUCGGGAUAAUGCAGAGUAUCUCUUUGUUGCCGAGUCUGGAGUUAAUCUUGAGGAAUGGGUCACCAAAUUGGGAUUCCAUGCCCAGCUGCCACCAUCAAUGCAGCUCAUGUCAUAUGACAACCAUAAGGAAGGGGAGGUGGGCAGCGACAUGGUGGCAGUUCCUUCCCGUGACUCGGACAACUCAUCGGGUCACUCUACUCCUGAAGUCCAUCACCGCAGUGCUGUCAGCUGCCAUCCGCAGGGGGCAGGAGGUGGUUUAGAUCCAACCAGGCCACAUUCUCAGGCCCUUGACAAUCCCCUGUAUGCCAAUCUGGAGCAUAUGCAGGACAAGACUAAACCACCUGUUCCACCUCGGGGAAGUACAGGUAGCAAUCGUUCUUCACGCUCAUCAUUGGGAGAUGAAGGCCCUAUCUAUCAAAACCGUAUCUCUGUUGUGCCUUCUUAUGAGGUAUCAUCAGAAAAUGCCUACCAGAAUUACCCGACAGACAGACCAAAUGGUCAUCGACGAGAUUCAUCAGAAAAUAUGAAUGGAGAUGACUUACCCCCACUGCCUAGAACAGCUCCACCACUGGUAAUGACUCGGCCCCCUGUAGCACCCAGUCGGGCCAGGUAUGCGGAGCAGACGUGGGUGAGUGGGCCACACCAGCCCGGCAUGCCUCACCACGUGGGUGGUUCUCACUACGGACAGCAGAUGGGUCAUAUGGUUAGCCAUCACCACCAGGUAGCCCAACAUCACACAGGUCAAGGGGGCCACUUCUCCCAAGUGUCACGUGUCUCUCAUCAGCAGUAUGCGUACACCUCACAGGGUUCCACCCAUCAACCAGACAUAACUGAUGGUGUUCCAGGUAGUCGACAGCCAUACACGGAGUAUUCUUCCCGAACCAUGUCCCUGCCCCAGGGCAGUAGUCUUCCUUCCUCGGGCGUGCCUGUCGCUGUUACCACCAGUAGUGGACCCGUACCCUCCAACCGCUAUUCUGCAACUAUUGACCGUCAAGGUCUCAGUGAAAGCUCCUCAGAAGGAGAUGUACCUGUGUCUGCCAACAAGAAAGAGAAAGAAAAGAAAGGCUCGGUAUUUAAGUUCUUUGGAAGAAGAAAGGGUGCCCAAGUAUAGUUAUUUUAAUUACCAAAUAUUGUUUUCAAGAGUUAUAUAGUUAUUAUAAAUAUUGUGCCACUUAGGAAUAUACUUAUUUUUCAAGUUAUAAGGAUUUAAUUCAUAAAAAUUUUAUUUUAUUUUUUUAUUUGUUGAAGCCUGUUAAAGAUGUUAAUACAACACACCACCCAAAGAUGUACCUGAAUGGCUUACCACGAAAUGCCAUCAUGUCAUAAUGUCUUGUUCAGUGGUGCCUCUUAAUAGUCCCAAAGAGGCACUUUAUUCAAGGUGAUUAUGCUUAAAGAAACAGGCUGUGUUGCAGGAGCUUUCACUUAUUUUUGUGAUUGUACGUAUGCUGCUUUGUAUUUCUUUAUAUGAAUGAAGGUUGCUUUUACAGUUUCACAAAAUAUUGCAGAUAUAAGCUUUAUGGACAAAAUACAAGUUAGUGUCUUAUACGAGUGCCUGCAGUCUUUGAGUUUCUAACAGCAGAUUAGGAAGCUGUGAGCGAUUUGUUCAGAUUUAAAGAUUUUAUUAUGGCUCCUUUUAUUACUGUCAAAGUGAUUAAUAUGGAAUUUUUUUCCUGAUACUAUUCUUAUUUGUAAAUAAUUCUAUAAAUAUUGUUAAAAGAAAAUUAUUUUGUGGAGUGAAGGACGUAUGUGUGGAAUGGUAUUGUGUUGCAAAUUGUAAUGUUGCUAAUAUAAUGAUGAUUUAGA